UUUUAUCCCUUCCACUUGAAUUCUGAUUUCACGCGAAGUCGUUCGUUCUCUCCUCAAGGAAGGAGGAUAAAAAGUGUUUGCUACUCCGAUGUGGGCAUUCAUUCGAGGGAUAACAGGCUCGCUCUCUCUCUCUUAGUGAUAGAGGUAGAAUUCACCGAGAAAAAGAUAGAAAUAUGAUUGCUAUUACAUUUAUAUUUGUCCUCGCUUUAGAAGCUUGUAGCGAGUUCAUCGUUGCUGAGAAAGUUUAUAAUACACCAUGGCAUUUCAAAUGCAACGGAGGACAUUGUUUAAAAGAAGAGAUAACAGAAAAAAUAACAUCGCCAAUGUCUUUAAAAGUAUGUCAAUUUUUUUGCGGUGACAGUGGUUCUUUAUGGCCAAAACCAACAGGACACUUAUCUUUGGGUAAUUCGGUAAUACCACUUGAUGUUAAUGACAUCAGUUUAAAUGGCAUAGAUCUAAAUACAAAAGUAGGUGAUCUUUUACAAGAGAACGUUAAUAUAUUAAAAGAAAAUAUUAAAAAACUUGGUACACCUGUCGACAACAAUGGUGUAGGUUUGAUAAUUAAUGUUAAUGAUAUUCAUGAAUUACACCAUGUACAAUUGACAUUAGACACCGAUGAAAGUUACAAAUUACAAAUUUAUCAGAUCGAUGACAAAUCGAUGGACGUGACGAUAACAGCAAAGACUUAUUUCGGUGCUCGAAAUGCUUUGGAAACAUUGUCUCAAUUAAUAAUAUUCGACGAUUUAAAUGAUAAAAUACAAAUCAUUGUAAGUGCUCACAUUGAAGAUAAACCAGCUUAUCCCUAUCGUGGAAUACUUUUGGAUACUAGUCGUAAUUUUAUUAGCGUUGAAACGAUCAAGAAUACCAUAGAAGCAAUGUCCAUGUCAAAGAUGAAUACUUUCCAUUGGCACAUCACAGAUUCCCAUAGUUUCCCAUACGAAAGUAAAACCUAUCCGUUGUUCACCAAAUAUGGUGCCUAUAGCAAAGACAAAGUUUACACUAAGGAAAACAUUAAGGAUGUCAUAAGGUUUGCUCUAUUAAGAGGUGUACGUGUUUUACCAGAAUUCGAUGCACCUGCUCACGUUGGCGAAGGUUGGCAAUGGGUAGGCCACAAUACAACGGUAUGCUUCAAAUCAGAACCAUGGAUGAAUUAUUGCGUUGAACCACCAUGCGGUCAAUUAAAUCCAACCAGCGACAAGGUCUAUGAAAUUCUCGAAGGUAUUUACAAAGAAAUGUUGGAAGAUUUCAAUCCAGAUAUCUUUCACAUGGGUGGUGAUGAGGUCAAUAUUAAUUGUUGGAACUCCAGUGAUAUGAUUAAGAAUUGGAUGCUCGCUAAAGGAUGGGAUUUAUCAGAAUCGAGUUUCUAUUUGCUCUGGAAUCAUUUUCAAAACAAGGCACUUGAUAAGUUAACUUUGGCUAACGGGGGAAAAGAAAUUCCCGUUAUUAUAUGGACUAGUGGACUUACCAAUGUAGAAAAUAUCAAAUAUUUGGAUACUCAGAAGUAUAUUGUACAAAUUUGGACCACUGCUACUGAUGUUACUGUUGGUAGAUUAAUAAGCAAUAAUUUCAAAGUCAUCAUUUCUAAUUAUGAUGCUCUUUACCUUGACUGCGGUUUUGGAGCAUGGGUUGGUGAAGGUAACAAUUGGUGUUCACCAUACAAAGGCUGGCAAUUAAUUUACGAUAAUUCUCCGUCUAACAUUCUUAUGAAACAAGGUUUCGGUGUUAAUAAGAAGAAUUUAGUACUCGGCGGAGAAGUAACACUUUGGACUGAACAAGUUGACAGUACUUCAGUUGAUUCAAGAUUAUGGCCCAGAUCAGCAGCUUUCGCAGAAAGACUUUGGUCUGAUCCUGCUUCUACUUGGAUUCAUGCCGAACAUAGAAUAUUAAGACAACGACAGAGACUCGUUGAAAGAGGCAUUAAUGCUGAUAGAUUAGAACCCGAAUGGUGUAUUCAGAAUCAAGGCCAUUGUUAUUUAAAUUAACAAUUAAUGCGAGACAUCAUUUAAUCUCAUUUAAUGAGAUGACAUUAAUUAUAAACGCAAUAAUUAACAUAACUUGACUUGGAUUUUUAUAAUCAAUUAAAUAUUAU